AUGGACGAGCUAUUCGAUGUUUUCGAUGACCAGCCUCAGGCUGUGAAGCCUUCCGACGCAGCGCCCAAGCGAUCGAAGAAAGACAAGAGCAAGAAGCGCCAGGUGAAUGGACAUGUGAAGGACAAUGGCACAGCACCAGAGGUCAAGGAGGAUGUUGACAUUCCCGAUGCGCCUGCUGUAGAGGCUGAGCAGGAGGAAACCGAGGCCCCAGUGACAGACAACAAGGAACAGCAGCCCGAAACGAAGCGGCCGCGACUCGAGGCGGAACCGGAGCCUAUAGUCGCAGACGAAUUUGAAACGGCACAAGAGCGUGAGAUUGCAGGAUCUGCAGGUCUUCAGGCGACCAAAGAUGAAUCUUCUGUCGUCCUUUCGCAUCAGGUUCGACACCAGGUUGCCAUUCCACCAAACUAUCCAUAUGUGCCAAUUUCUCAACACAAACAACCUGAAGACCCAGCAAGGGUGUGGCCUUUCACACUUGAUCCGUUCCAGCAAGUCGCAGUUUCGUCAAUCCAGAGAGAGGAGAGUGUGCUUGUUUCAGCCCAUACCAGUGCCGGAAAAACAGUGGUCGCAGAGUAUGCUAUCGCUCAAAGUUUGAAGAACAACCAAAGGGUUAUCUAUACCAGUCCCAUCAAAGCGCUGAGCAAUCAGAAAUACCGAGAAUUUGCUGCGGACUUUGGAGAUGUUGGUCUGAUGACAGGAGAUGUCACAAUCAACCCAACAGCUACAUGCCUGGUCAUGACUACAGAGAUUCUCCGAUCUAUGUUGUACCGUGGCUCUGAAAUUAUGCGUGAAGUCGCAUGGGUGGUCUUUGACGAAAUUCAUUACAUGCGAGAUGCCACUCGUGGUGUUGUUUGGGAAGAGACUAUUAUUCUUCUGCCAGAUAAGGUUCGCUAUGUUUUCUUGUCUGCGACAAUCCCGAACGCCAUGCAAUUCGCCGAGUGGGUUACAAAAAUGCACAACCAGCCGUGUCACGUCGUCUACACAGAUUUCAGACCGACGCCCCUCCAGCACUAUUUCUUUCCUGCAGGCGCUGAAGGCAUACAUCUCAUUGUUGACGAGAAGGGCGUUUUCCGCGAGGAGAACUUCCAGAAGGCAAUGGGCUCCAUUGCAGACAAGAAGGGCGAUGAUCCAGCAGAUGCUCUGGCCAAGCGGAAAGGAAAGGGCAAAGAUAAGAAGCUUAACAAGGGUGGUAAGGAAGGGCCAGCUGAUAUCUACAAGAUCGUUCGGAUGGUGAUGAUCAAAAACCUGAACCCCGUCAUUGUCUUCAGUUUCAGCAAACGCGAAUGCGAAUCGUGUGCUCUGAAUAUGAGUUCGUUGGCGUUUAACGACGAUUCGGAGAAGGAGAUGGUUUCCAAGGUCUUUGACAGUGCGAUUGAAAUGCUGUCUGAAGAGGAUCGGAACCUGCCACAGAUUCAAAACAUUCUUCCCCUUCUCCGGAGAGGUAUUGGUGUCCAUCACUCUGGUCUCCUCCCUAUUCUCAAAGAAACUAUUGAGAUUCUUUUCCAAGAAGGUCUUAUCAAAGUUCUAUUCGCCACGGAGACGUUCUCCAUCGGUCUCAACAUGCCUGCAAAGACCGUGGUGUUUACUAGUGUUCGGAAGUUCGACGGGUUCAGUCAACGCUGGGUGACACCAUCAGAAUUCGUUCAGAUGUCUGGUCGUGCUGGCCGAAGAGGUCUCGAUGACCGAGGUAUUGUCAUCAUGAUGGUUGGGGAAGAGAUGGACCCUGCUGUGGCAAAGGAGAUUGUUCGUGGUGAACAAGAUCGACUUAAUUCGGCUUUCCACCUAGGCUACAAUAUGAUUCUGAAUCUUAUGCGCGUUGAAGGCAUUUCGCCCGAAUUCAUGCUAGAGAGAUGCUUCUACCAGUUCCAGAACACUGCGGGUGUGGCUGGCCUUGAAAAGGAGCUUCAUGAAUUGGAAGACAAGAGAGCCAACAUGAGCAUCGCCGACGAAGGAACCAUUCGAGAAUACUAUGACUUUAGAAAGCAGCUUGAUGGUUUCACAGACGACGUCCAAGCAGUCAUAAGCCACCCAGACCACUGUCUAUCAUUUUUCCAGCCCGGACGUUUGGUGCACAUCAAGCAUAAAGACCAAGACUUUGGCUGGGGAAUUCUCGUCAACUUCAAGCAACGCAAACCUUCGAAGAACCCAGCGGAAGAGUUGACUGCUCAUCAAAAGUUCAUUGCGGAUGUUUUACUCAAGGUUGCCGACGGAGCAUCCAUAGGCACCAAGACGUUUGAGGAUCUUCCGGCGGGUGUCAGACCGCCCAAGGAGAAUGAAAACUCUCGCAUGGAGGUUGUGCCAAUCACGCUCAGCUGUCUUCGAGCCAUCGGUCAUAUCCGCCUUUUCCUGCCGAAAGAUCUGCAUUCGCAAGACGCGAAAAACGGAAUGAGGAAAAACCUGGAUGAGGUACACAGACGCUUCCCCGAUGGGGUUCCUGUGCUUGACCCAAUUGAAAACAUGAAUAUCGAAGGCGAGAAUUUCAAGAAGCUACUAAGAAAAAUCGAAGUUAUUGAGUCCCGUCUUUUGUCCAAUCCUUUGCACAAUUCGCCGCGGUUGUCGGAACUGUACGAGCAGUAUGCAGAGAAGGUGGAAUUGGGCACCAAGAUCAAAGCUACGAAGAAGAAGAUCACGGAUGCCAUGUCAAUUAUGCAACUUGAUGAGCUCAAGUGUCGCAAGAGAGUGCUGCGUCGAUUUGGAUUUAUUAACGAAGCAGAAGUCGUGCAACUGAAGGCACGAGUUGCCUGUGAAAUCAGUACUGGUGAUGAGUUGAUGCUUAGCGAGCUUCUUUUCAACGGAUUCUUCAAUAAGCUCACACCUGAGCAAGUCGCAUCAGUAAUAAGCGUCUUCGUCUUUGAGGAGAAGUCGAAAGAAACUCCUGCCUUGACAAGAGACGAGCUUGCCAAACCACUCAAGGACAUUCAAGCGCAGGCUCGAAUUGUCGCCAAGGUCUCUCAGGAGUCCAAGCUGGCUGUGAAUGAAGAGGAAUAUGUGCAGAGUUUCCACUGGGAGCUGAUGGAGGUUAUCUACGAAUGGGCAAACGGCAAAUCCUUUGCUGAUAUUUGCAAAAUGACCGAUGUCUACGAAGGCAGCUUGAUUCGCGUCUUCCGCCGAUUGGAGGAGUGUCUGCGACAGAUGGCGCAGGCCGCCAAGGUGAUGGGCAGCGAAGAAUUGGAGGGUAAAUUCGAGACGGCCUUGACCAAGGUACGCAGGGACAUCGUUGCCGCCCAGUCGUUGUACCUGUAA